CGUGACCUGCGCUCUUCCCCUCUUCAGUACCUGGAGUCGGUCCGGCCUGUCCUGUCUGACGAGGACUUCGACUGGACCGCGGUCCUGGCGCAGGAAUUCCUGAGGCUGCAGGCGUCGUUGCUGCAGUGGUACCUGCGGCUCAAGUCCUGGUGGGCGUCCAACUAUGUGAGUCCCGCCACCGCCACCAAGGCCCCACCUGAAAGGCCAAGGAUUGCACCACUGUACUCUAGCCUGGGCAACAGAGCGAGACCCUGUCUCAAGAAAAAAAAAAAAAGGUCAUUAUACUUCUGUGGCUGGCCUUCCUGCCCCUACGCUUCUGCCAACACCACCCUAGACUACAUCCACCACCUCCACGACAGCCAACAUGUGGCUGUCUUCCACCGAGGCCGAUUCUUCCGCGUGGGGACCCACUCCCGAAACAGCCUGCUUUCCCCGAGGGCCCUGGAGCAGCAGUUUCAGCGAAUCCUGGAUGAUCCGUCACCGGCCUGCCCCUACGAGGAACAUCUGGCCGCUCUGACCGCUGCUCCCAGGGACACGUGGGCCCAGGUGCGGACGUCCCUGGAGACCCAGGCGGCAGAGGCCCUGGAGGUGGUGGAAGGGGCUGCUUUCUUUGUGUCACUGGACGCUGAGCCCGCGGGGCUCACCAGGGAGGACCCGGCGGCGUCGUUGGAUGCCUAUGCCCAUGCCCUGCUGGCCGGCCGGGGCCAUGACCGAUCCCACCUGCCCUGCACCUCUGCGCCCUCACCCCACACCUACAAGCCUGUGACCAUGACCUGGGGACCCCAGGACCCACAGUGCCUCGCCCUGUUCCGCAUGGCAGUGGACAAGCACCAGGCUCUGCUGAAGGCAGCCAUGAGCGGGCAGGGAGUGGACCGCCACCUCUUCGCGCUCUACAUCGUGUCCCGAUUCCUCCACCUGCAGUCGCCCUUCCUGACCCAGGUCCAUUCGGAGCAGUGGCAGCUGUCCACCAGCCAGAUCCCUGUUCAGCAAAUGCACCUGUUUGACGUCCACAAUUACCCAGACUAUGUUUCCUCGGGCGGUGGAUUCGGGCCUGCUGAUGAGCAUGGUUAUGGUGUUUCUUAUAUCUUCAUGGGGGAUGACAUGAUCACCUUCCACAUCUCCAGCAAAAAGUCAAGCACAAAAACGGUGAGACAAACGUGUGUACCCACCAACUCCCUCUUUCCUCGGGAACCAGGAGUCCAGGCCCCCAGCCCCUCCUCCCUCAGACCCAGGAGUCCAGGCCCCAGCUCCCUCCUCCCUCAGACCCAAGAGUCCAGGCCCCCAUCCCCUCCUCCCUCAGACCCAAGAGUCCAAAUCCCUAGUACCUCCUUCCUCAGACCCAGGAGUUCAGGCCCCAGCUCCCUCCUCCCUCAGACCCAGGA